UCUCUAGACCUUCCUGAAAAGUAUCGCAGAAAACACACAGCUCUCUUUGAUCUUCAGGAUAAUGGCCUUUGUGAAGAUGUCUCCAUGCUACGUUGGUAACUACAGGGUAUCCUCCCGGGUACCGGGAACAGGCAGUGCCUUUAUGGCAAGCGAUACUUUUACAGGAGAAGCCGCCGUCGUCAAGUUUGGCAGAGGCGUCCACGGCAGCCGGAAAGUGGCCGCGGAGGGGUAUAUUCUAGGUCGGCUAGCGGGCACGCCAGGCAUCCCUCGUCUGCACUGGUCUGGAUGGCCUUUCGCGGACAAGGUAGAUGCAGCCAUUGUUGUCGACACACAUGGCCCCACCCUGGAGUCACUCUUUGACCAAGCCGGACGGCGACUUAGCCUCGGGACGGUAUUGCACCUGGCGGACCAGCUGCUUCGGCGAUUGGAGCACAUCCACUCACGGUCGGUGAUUCAUCAAGAUCUCUCACCACACACUUUGGCGCUAGGCGCCACCCGCCUGCACCGUCACCAGAUGUUCAUUGUUGAUUUUGAUUGUGCUGAAGUGACCAGCUGUCGAUCAAAGAUGCAUGCCAAUCUUAAAGCUCUGGGCCACAUCCUCAUCUACCUUCUCGGGACCAAUCUCACCUGGGCGGCAUUUCAGAAGGUUGCUGAAGAUACUGGGACUUUUCCAAUCAACAACAUCCCCCCUCCAUUCCUGCUCUACCUGGACAGGAUUACAAGGGUGGAUUCCGAGGACUAUCAGCAUCUUCGUAAUGACUUUGGCUAUUUCCGUGAACUGCUAGGCAUAUCAGGUAAUUGCUGUCUUGAUUUUUCAAACAGUGUUCAGGAUCCAAGGGCGGGUCGUACUCUCUGCACCGCCGGGAAGAUAGAAAACAACAGAUCGGAUAUCAAGCACCUUUAUGAUAUGCUCCACCGCGCCGGCGGCAGCGUCAAAGGGACCGGUCUCCCGUUGAGCGCUGCACAAGAGGCAGGGCUGCUGGACUCUCUUUCGCGGACGCUGGGUCUCUAUAUGGACAUCUUGAUCUAUGAGAAGACAGCAUCGACAACACCGGCAGCUUUGACCCGGCCAUAUGAACUCCCGAACUGCAUCUGGAGGGAUAUGCGCUGGUAUCUCGCCAUGCAGGUCUAA